CCCUCUUUCUCUUUUUUUUUUUCUUACGUUCCUUCCUUUCUUUUUAAUAUAUAUAAUAAUUAAAAUGGAUCAUGCCGCACAUGAUGAAUCUCUUAAUUCUGCUUGGCUUCAUGGAUCUUUGACUGAAGAGCAACUAGCACAACUAACACCAGAACAAUUAGAAAGAUAUCAAAAACAACUAGAAUAUAACAAUGAACAUAAAGGACAUGAAGCUCAGCAUGAGUUGAUGGCCUUUAUAUUAUUGUUUGCACUCUUUGCAUCACAGUUUGUAAUCUUGUAUUGGAAGAAAAAGCAUUACAAAUCAUAUCAAGCUAUCAGUCUAGGGGGAUUAUACACCUUUCCUCUACUCUUUGGUAUCUAUGGUGGAUGGCAUCGAUUUAUAGUGAUUUGGGUUGUAUUCUCUAUAGUGAAUGGUUAUGUCAUCUAUAAGGCAACUAGACAACCAUUAGAGGCAAUGACACCAAGAAUGGUAUAUAAAUGGUAUACGGUAGUUUAUAAUACAUCCUUUGUGAUUGGAUUAAUUGGAUACAUCAUCAUCCUCGGUGUAUUUUUCGGAUUUGCAGCUCUCUUUUCAGCUGGACCUGGUGUGAUGCAAACAGGAUUACUGAUGUUGAGCUAUGGCCUUUAUUUUGGAGUACUAGGAAGAGAUUUUGUAGAGAUUUGUACGGAUAGGAUGGCGGCAACGAUUGGAUAUUACUCAAAAGAGGGGUUACCUAACAAAUACCUGGGAGAAGGUAUUUGUGCUGUAUGUGGAUAUGGUACUUCUGUUGCGCCUGGCAUGGUUGAAAAGCCAAUGUUUGAGGAUGAUCCUGUUCACCAGUUGACGUGUAAGCAUGUAUUUCAUGAAAAGUGUAUACGUGGAUGGGUUUUGAUUGGCAAAAAGGAUAUUUGUCCUUAUUGUAAAGAAAAGGUCAAUUUGAAUGAAUUCAAGCGUAAUCCAUGGGAUACACAACAGCAACUUUAUCUUAAUUUGUUAGAUGGUGUAAGAUAUUUAAUCGUCUGGCAACCAAUCAUCUUUGCAGCAGUUCACCUAUUUUACUAUUUAUUUGGAUUAGAAUAACAACAAUAAAACUGAUCAUUAUUGUUGCAUGAUAUUUUUGCAUAAAGUGAACAAAAAAAAAAAGGACAGCAAAACAGCGCUC